AGAGUCUCUGCCUACAAACCCUGCAAUUCUCUGACGCUGGAUAUUAUUAUUUUCCAAAUUUCAAGGUCUCAUGACGCUGACAGCCGCGAAUUCUGAGUUCUCUGUGCGCCCGCACCCCCGGACCCCAAAGCAACCGAGCCGGUGCCAGCAAGGGUCCUCCCACCCACGGCCUCGCGAGGUCUUAGGGGAGGGUCGGGGGCCCCUCCCCGCCGCGCGGGGUGUCGGGGCGCAGCCUGCGCGCGGAGAGGGGUGUUCGGAGACCAGGGGGACGGCGCCGGGACACGUGACGUUCGCUCGUCUCGGUCUGUGGUCCGCGACGGUGGCACCGGGCCGGUCACGUGACGUGGGGGUGCCCAUGGGGUGAUGUGCGAUACAGGGUCCGUCCGAUGACGAUCGGUGACGCGCUCCCGCCCGGGUCGGCAACGGCAUUUCCGUCGGAAGACGCGACAGUUCCGGCGAAGGGGCCGGGCUCCCCCGUCCUGGCAGCUCCGCUUCCGCUCGGGGCGCGGCGGCUUCCGCCCGCAGCCUCUCCCCGGGCGAGGAGGAGACGCGACCCCGCGCGCAUGCCCCGAUCAUCCCAGAGGGGCGGGGCCGAGGCUGCAGGAGCGGGAGGGGGGAAAGAAAAGGGAAUUCCAACCUGUGGGACCUCGGGGGGGGCCCCGAGGUCGGCUUCUUCCCACUGACUGUGGAUGGUGCCCGGGGCAGGGCCUCUGGUGGCUCGUGGGGGAGCUCGGGGGUCCGCCGGCUGAGGGAGGGGGGGGGAGUGUCCGUGUCCGAGUACGAGUGGGGUACGCGAGUUCCAAAACUUCGUCUUGAGGCCCUCGGGGCUCCGGCGCCGGGGACAGGGAACUCGGGCCGCCAUGCGCGACAGGACCCGCGAGCUGAGGCAGGGGGAUGACAGUUCGGACGAGGAGGACCAGGAGCGGGUCGCGCUGGUGGUGCACCCGGGCACUGCGCGGCUGGGGAGCCCGGACGACGAGUUCUUCCACAAGCCCUCUCGGUCACCUUCCCCAGGUCCGGACAAUUCGACAGACUAUUGUCAAGCUGGAGAAUAAAGUCCGAGAGUUGGAGAAGCAGCAGGUCACCAUCCUGGCCACGCCUCUUCCCGAGGAAAGUAUGAAGCAGGACCUGCAGAACCUGCGCGAGGAGAUCAAACAGCUGGGGAGGGAGAUCCGAUCGCAGCUGAAGGCCAUAGAGCCCCAGAAUGAGGAAGCUGAUGAGAAUUAUAACUCAGUCAACACAAGGAUGAGAAAGACACAGGGACAGCCUCUGCCCCAUGGGCAGAAUUCAAGAAGUCAGCAAGAGGAACUUCCUGGAGGAGGAAGGUCACGGACUCAAAUCUUAGCAAGGAGAUUUGAGGCAAUCCAACUGCCCCGCUCUGGGUUCACAGUGAGGAGUUACUCGGAUUUCCUGGAGCAUGGGGUCCUGUCCCAGCAAUUCGUGGAGCUCAUCAACAAGUGCAACCUGACGCAGUCCGAGUACCGGGAGAAGAACGUGGAGCGGAUCCGGAGGCAGCUGAAGAUCACAAAUGCCGGGAUGGUGUCGGAUGAGGAGCUGGAGCAGAUGCUGGACAGUGGGCAAAGCGAGGUGUUUGUGUCCAAUAUACUGAAGGACACACAGGUGACUCGACAGGCCCUCAAUGAGAUCUCGGCACGACACAGUGAGAUCCAGCAGCUUGAACGCAGUAUCCGUGAACUUCAUGAGAUCUUCACUUUUCUGGCUACCGAAGUGGAGAUGCAGGGGGAGAUGAUCGACCGGAUCGAGAAGAACAUCCUGAGCUCCGCGGACUAUGUGGAACGCGGGCAGGAGCACGUCAAGAUUGCCCUGGAGAACCAGAAGAAGGCCCGGAAGAAGAAAGUCUUGAUCGCCAUCUGUGUUUCUGUCACUGUCGUCAUUCUGGCGGUCAUCAUUGGUAUCGCCACAUUGGUGUGAGCACGUCGCACAUUCUUGGCGCUAACAGCCCAGAGACCCGGGUCUGCCCUCGCUCAGCGCAGCUGAGGGGGGAGGGCAGGACAGAGCCUCCCACUGGGCCUGUGCAGAGGGGCAGAUGGUUCUCCUGGGGUCGGCAGCCACUCAUUCUUGGGGGCUUCCCGAGUCAGGCCACCAUGCCUGCAGGAAGGCCUGCGGCAUCCUGUUCGGCUGGGACACAUGGUUUUGUAAGAAAUUAAAAAAAAAAAAAAGUG